AGGUGAUAUUUGAUCAAAUGCUGAGUGCUUCAUUUGAUAUGGACACCAUUCAUUCCACCAGUGGAGCAGUCUAUGCCAUCAUAUGCUACCACAAGGAAAGCUACCUGUCCCUAGCCAACUCCCUCAUCUCCUCCUAGUCAGAUCCUCAGAACCAGAGCCGGCUCAUGGAGGCCUUCUCUCUCCUCACUCCUCCCUCUCUCCCUCUGGACUCCAAGAGAACUUCCAAAAUCACUUUCAGAAAGAACCUCGAGCAGUU